AUUAUCAUCAUAUCAUAUAUAUUAGUACUCUCGUCAGUUGCCCGUCAAUUUGUGUCCCACUGCAAACGGUUUGUUUAACUUCAAUUGUUGUCAGUCAAUCUGAUAAGUUGCAAUGGCCAAGAAUAAAAGAAUAGUAUUCUCCCGGCCGGUAUUAUUAAGGUGGGGCGUGGUAAUUGUGGUGGCGGCGAUGGUGGUCACUGCCACCGGUGCGGUGGCGAAGGAGGAGGAGGACAGCAAGUAUGUAGAGGGGAAGGUGAAGGUAGAAGAGGCGCGAGGGAAGGCCGGAGAGACUGGAAAGGAGGCGAAAGAGGCAUCAGAGUCAUGGACGGAGUGGGCUAAGGACAAGCUCUCCGAGGGACUCGGGUUCAAGACCACUGAUGAAGAGUCGGCGAUGCACGACACUACUGCCGAGGACGCCUCUCAGCAGGCCAAGAACACCGAAGACAAGAUUAGGGACGUUGUUCCCGAUGAUGUUGCAGGAGCUGCAGAAUGCAGUACAGAGAAAGCCCAGGAAGCGGAGGAUGCUGCGGCGGAAAAGGCUAGGCAGGUGAAGGAAACGGCACAGAAGGCAGAACAGAUGAAGCAAAGGGCCGGCGAGAGGGCGGAGACGGUCAAGGGGAAAGCCUAUGAGAACGCAGAACAGACGAAGCAAAGGGCCGGCGAGACGGCGGAGGCGAGUCAGACUGCUCAGGAGGCCAAGGAUAAGGCAAAGGAGAAGGCGGAGACGGCGAAGGAGAAGGCAGCGAGGCAGGCGGAGGAGGCGUACAGGAAGGCGGAGGAGAUGACGAAGAGGGCAAUGGAUGAAAGCCAGAAGAAGGCCAAGGAGGGUUACGAGGCGGCGAAAAGCAAAGCUGGGGAGACUCUGGAGGCAGCCAAAAGCAAAGCUGACUCCACCAAAGACACCAUCGCCUCCAACUACGAAGCUGCCAAGCAGAAAUCCUCAGAAAUCAAGGAUGAUUUGUCCACCGGACGAGGUGAUCGGGACGAUGAGCUUUGAGCUUCCUUUACCUAAAAUUUACUCUUUUACCUACAGCUUUGUGUGUUUUUUUUUUCCCGUUCUUUUUCGAGGCAGCAUCCAUGACAGAGACUUAUAUGUUAAUUAGGCAGCGUGUGGUUUAUUUAUUCGUCCGUUACAUUGUGAUGAAUGUCUUACUGCAGAAGCUGUAGCCAUCAGCAUGCUCGUAAUUAAUGUUUCCGUCUCUGAUUGAUGAGAAUCUUCCACACCUUAUAAUUC